GUUUCGGUUAUUCAUUUCGAGCAUGGCUGACAGUGGACAAGAUAGUGAAGACGCCGGGUCAGAGCCAAGUACAAGCACAGGUCAUGUUACUCCAGGUGGCAUACAGACCCCAGUUUAUACAGGAGAAGAAUUCCAAGACAGAACAUACAGGAUGAACAGUGAGAAGCGUGGCCUGGCCAUUAUCUUCGACAACAAAACGUUUAAGAACAAGCCAACUAGAACUGGAACUGACACAGAUGCUGGAAAGAUGUACCAACGUUUCAUCGAGCUUGGUUUUACAGUAAAUAUGCAUCCAAACAAGAAAGCUUCUGAGAUGAAAUCAAUUAUUAAGAAAGUGGCAGCGUCGGACUUCACCUCCUAUGAUUGUUUCGCGUGUGUCAUCCUGUCUUAUGGCGAGGAAGGACUGGUCUAUGGAACAGACGAACCUGUACAGAUAGAAGACUUUGUAGAUCCAUUCAAAAAGACCCCGUCUCUGGCUGGCAAACCCAAGCUAUUUUUUAUACAGGCUUGCAACAAGGAGGAGUCUGAGGACGUGAUGGAUUCGAUUGACGUGACGGGAGAUACUGAGGAUGAAGAGUUAAUACCAGUGACGUACAGGAUCCCCGUUGAGGCAGAUUUCUUCAUUGCAUAUUCUGUCGUCCCAGGCUACUUCUCCUGGCAAGGCAAUGCAAAUCAGGGAUCAUGGUUCAUCGAGGCGCUCUCUGAUGUUCUGGAGAAAUUUGGAACCUCACUCGACCUGAUGACAAUGAUGAUCCGUGUCAACAGGAAAGUGGCUCACAACUUCGAGUUAAAUAAAAGAACUGAAUUCUUUAAGAGAAAUAAGCAGAUACCAUGUAUAACGUCCAUGCUGACAAAAGAAGUACGUUUUCCAAGCACGUAAUGUACAUGUCAUGUUGA